UAGAGGAAUGGUGCCACCAGUAUAGGACGUGCCUUCCUGUAUCUGCAGUUCUCUCCUCUGCUCCGAUGAUUAAAUUCUACCUCAUCUGUAGCCAGUGGUGCUUCGUCUGUCUGCCGACUCCAAGGACGAGAUGGUGAGUCACGUGACCUAUUUGCCUCGGCACCUGUCUGGGCAGCCGGCGAGACGGGUGGCUGGCGGUGUAGAUGGCUGACCCGUCUCUCUCUCUUCCCAUGUGCCGAGCCUCCGACACACCAAAAGGCGGGAGGAUCAUGGGAUUGUGUGUGUGUGCUGGGGGGCGGGAAAAGGAAGGAAUUUCACAACACGUUUUGCCGUCAGUAUCCACUUACUGCUGAUACUGAUACCACUGGAGCUGAAGGAACACCUUCAUGUUGAUCACAGAUGCGAACGCUCUCCAAAGCAAUCAGACUAAAACCAGCAAGCCUGCACACCUACCGGUCCGACAGAUGUGGAGAGAGAUGGAGGGAUCAAGCGAUGUCACCUGGCUUUGACAAGGUCCCAGCUGAGCUGCUCAAAUGGUGGCACCAGGACGUGUCACAGAGCAGCUGUUCCUGAGUCUGCAAACCCUGAGGCACCCUGUACGUCCAUUGUGAUUGAUCUACAGUCCCGGCUUCAGGCUGUAUCCUGUUUACUGCAGGAGAGUCCGGAUACUAGUCUGCCAUAAAAAAAAAUGAUAACAGUCAUUGCACACCAGCACAAUGGCAGUUUUGGUGCACAUGAAAACAGAAAAUUGCUGUUGAUUGGGGUCUUCAUAUUGACUGCAGAUUGAUAACCUAAUGCAUCCACAAUGUACAAUGGCUUCCUGUGGAUACCAUCAUCUCAGCGACUGGGUGGAUUAUGCAGUCAUGACAACAUUUGCUGAAAGCCAUAUGCAAGCAGAUUCACUUGGUUUGCUUUUUAAGGAAAUUAUCAUCCACUAAUGUUCAUCACUACGCAGCUUCUUUGACAAGACAAGGAAGCUAGAUUAGUGCCAAACAUGUUCCCAACUACUACAACACUAUUUAUAGGCCUUGUCCACCAGAACUCAGCCAGCAUGUCAAUCAGCAGUACUUAGGAUGGUGUCCACCCUUCCCAGCUGUGCUACCAGAUGAGCAUCAGAUGCACAGCCAGAAAAGGAUUAAUGACCAGUUACUUCCAAACAGAAGCUUGAACAACAUUUCCAGUAUCUUAUAUAGGUCAUCACUGAAUCACUAUCAGGGUGUACCCAGUCAUGUUUCUUCCAAUGGAACAACCAAUGAUUCAUGGGACGCAUACAGUCACUGCAGAACAGUCACAAAUCCGAGGCCUGAUUAUAAUCCAGCUUCCUGUCAGUAUUCUUCAUAUUCCUUAAACCAACAUGUAAGAGAACGUAGCACUGCCUCCUUCACCCAUAGAGACAAGUGCAUUCAUUAAUCAUCAAUGUUUUGCUACACAGCCUUCAAAUGCUGUGCAAGAUUAUCUGAAGAAUCCUCAUCUUGUUGCAGACAGUUUUAGAACUUCCAGACGGAUCCUUGAAAACAUUCCAUCACCUGGUCACUUUAUCGAAAAGGAUCUAGGCUUUUUGAAUGACCAUCAAAGGCAUUGCAAUCCUUUUCCACCACCUCCAGUGUCACAUGAAAAAACAAUCUGUGCAAGGUGGCCACCUUCCAUGCCAUGUGCAUCACCUAGGCUUUCCUCUCACAAUCAGCAUAAAACUACUCAAAAUAGGGUGAAAAGAUUGCCUCAGACAGCUUUUCAUUUACCCCCAAGACAGUAUGUGGAAAAUUCCCUAGGUAGAGAAAGUGUGUUACCUUCAGCAAGGAGUGAUGGGGCUUAUGGUUCUGCAAAGGCCCACCAUGAUGCACUUAACCAACCUUUAGCACAAACAGCUUCCUGUGUGAACAGCCAUGUCAGCCAGUGCACAAAGGUAGCAAGGUCUGAACAUGAUUCUGCCAUCUGCAGUAUCAACCAGUACUCAUGUGAAGCAGGAUCUGAACAAUUUUUGGGGAAUUCUGCCUGCAGAUAUGCUAGUCAGUAUGUGAAUCCAAGAGGAUCAGAACAAUAUCAGGGGAACUCUACCUUCAAAGAAUUCACCCCAGGGCAGACUCCAAGAAUAGUUUCAAGUGUUCCUGAUAUCAUAGGUGUGCAGUCUCAUGUGGAUUCACAGAUGUCUUUAAGGAAACAAUUCAGCUGCAGCAGUAAAGAUGACUGCAGAGAGGUAGCAGCUCUGAUGAAAAAGAGAAGUGGAACCGAAGGUGUUGGAAAGCAUGGACUGUUGGAGAGAAAUAAGAUAACACAUCUUUGUCAGGGAGUUCAACAAUUUGUGGAAGAAAAAGAUGUGGAUGUAAUGAGAAAGAUUUAUAAAACUAACAAAACCUGCAGACGGACACCACUAGUUCCUGAUUCUUUGUUAGUGGUUCAGCCCGCAGACCAAGAAACUGAUGUUGUUGGUGAGUCUUUGGUAGUGGCCAGUGACAAAAGUGAGUGCGUUCAGCAUGUGCAACUUCAAUCUGAAUCUAUAGAAACAACGCAAAGCACCCCAGCAUCUCAUUCUGCAUUUUGUGAGAGAAUAUAUCCUGGUAAACCAGACAAUGUUGAUAAUACUUCUCAUAGAAUUGAAGAGGAGCAGCUUGUUAUUACUUCUGGACAUUCAGAGACACACAUUAAAGUGGUUGAUGUGAAAAAGGAGAGCAAGGCAAUGGCAUUCCAUCCUGCAUCAGAAGUUAGUGUGACUAACACUAAUAAUAACAGCCUGGAGUGUUAUUUCCCAUCAGGAUGAGUCUGACAUUCUAAUUAUUGACCUUUUUGAUGAUGUCAGUGAGGACAGUAGUGAGAUCAAAGACUCCUCAAAUAAAAUGGAAACUUCAUAUACUCAAAAAUGUAGCCAUCACAAGAGAGAUCUAGAUCAGUCUUGGGAUGCAGAUUCCCCAAAAUGCAGUGCCUUACACAAGAAUAAUGAUGAUCGUGUAAUUAGUAUGAAAGAUACUGCAACUAACCUUGAGACUGUGUCUGAACCACUAGCCGCAAGUACUACUUCUCCAGCAAAUUGUAACAAAGCUGAAUUGAAGACACCUAUCUUGACAAUGGCAGAAACAUUUCUUUCCUUUAACUGUGGCAGCAUCAAAGAUAGCAACAUGUUAUCACCUAGUUCUACAGAAAGAGAUAUGUUAUCACCUGUUUCUUCUGAAAUAGGCUUUAGUUGUAAGGCGUCUUUUGACCAGAUCUGUUCAGGAAAGUAUGUUGUGCUUGAAGCACAUUCUUUAAGGUCUGACGAAUGUGAUUUUGAUACCACUACAGAAUCUCAGCCUGGGACAUCUUUUGCCAAUACUCCAAAAAUUAUGAAAUCUCACUGUUUACCGUUGCAUUGUCCUGGUGGGACAGAAAACAUAGAACUGGAGAAUCUGAAAUCCAUAUCUGACCCAGAUUCAUUAAAGCAGCAGCCACAACAUCAUCUGCAGGAUAGCAAAUACUGUACCCUUGAGAGACAGAUCCCCAAAAUACACAAAUCUCAUUCAGAUCACAGUGAAUGUGGUACUGCAAAGCUCAGAGCCAUAGAAUUGAAAAGACGGCAUUCAGGUGUUGAACAAUGCAUUGACAGUUCUAAACUAAAGAUUUUGUCUUCGGGUCAGAUUUUCAGAGUUAAGAAACGAAGAAGUUAAUCUGUUUGCACAAACAACUGUCAUGUGUGACCAAGACAACACUUGUAAAGACACAGAAGAUCCUUGAGAUGGAUCCAGAGGAUACUAGAUUAAGUUGUGAGGGACAGAGGAUAAAAGGCAUUAUCAAAAAAGAUGAUGAUGAUGAUGAUGAUAGCAAAAGAAAUUAUACCAAUAUUAGUAAACAGUUAGCUGCUUAUCAAGUGCUUCCAAAAGAUCAUAUGCAUACCAUGUCCUCUUCGGAAAUGCAAACAGUAGCAGAGCAAUCAUAUCUACCUAAACAGUUGAAAGGCUUGAAUGGGUCUCAAGGAAUAGCUCUUUCUUCAAAUGAUGAUUGUACUGCCCACUCUGCAAGCAGGAAGAGCACUAUUCACAGACCUAACAAGGCCUUAAAGAAGGACAGGGACCUUAUAGUGGGACUGCAUAAAGACAUUCACAGACCUUUUGGUAUACAUAGACUAAUGCCAUUCAGCAUUAAGUCUAGUUCCAGCAACCAUCUGGUUUGUCUAAAGUGCAAAAUUCUUUUUUCCUGUGAACAAAAAUUUCUUCAACAUCAGCUAAUAAGGCAUGCACAUUUUAUAAUAAAAUAAUUCCAACUGUU